GUUUUUAUAUUUUUCAUUUAAAUUUGCAAUUAAAUAAAUUAAAUAAUGCAAUUUCAAUUUGAAAAAAAUUUGCAAAAUUCUGAAGGUGAUUUCGAUGACGACUCAGACGACACAGCAAGUGAAUCAGGAGAGGGUAGACUUACCAUUGACACGUCAAUUAACGAUGAGCCAAUUAAAACCUCACCGAUACAAAAUAAGAUUUUAUCAUCUGUAAUUGAAGUGAUAGAACAGCCAGUGAGAACAUUGACAUUUAAAUAUCAGUGUGAAGGUCCAAUGAAAUCUAAUACUCAUAAAUUAGAGAAGAAAUUUAUUAGCCUUCGUAUUCAUGGUGGUUAUGAAGGUCCAGCUUUAUUAUUUGCCUCGUGUGUUACAAAGAAUCAAGAUGACUAUAAAAAAUUCAGACCACAUCCACAUAAAAUUAUUGGUAAAAAUUGUAACAGUCAAGGUAUUUAUGUUCUUCCAGUGGUUUUGAAAAAUGACAACGUUAUAAAUAUUCCCCAAUUAAAUAUAUUGUGUAUCAAAAAAAUUGACUAUGCCAAAACUCUUCAAGAACGCGCCAAAAUUAAUGUCGAUCCAUUUCAAGCUGGAUUUGAUUAUAAAAACGAAACAAACACCAUUGAUCCAUCAGCAAUAAGAUUAUGUUUUCAAAUUUUUCAUUACAACAAAGUUGAUGGUAAAGUUUGUCUACAAAAAUUAUCAAAUCCAAUUGUUACAAAUCCAAUUUACAACAACGAUUUAAAAAUUUGUAAAUUAAGCCCAGAUAAUGGUCCAGCUUGUGGUGGAACAGAUGUCAUACUUUUAUGUGAAAAAAUUCAAAAAAAUGAUAUUAAAAUACGUUUUUUUGUAAAAGAUUCAAAUAACAAAAUUAUUUGGGAAUCAUUUGGAGGAUUUAAUCCAGUUAUUGAUAUUCACAAACAGUAUGCAAUUUUUUUUAAAACACCAGCUUAUAAAAAUCAGACAAUUUAUGAGACAGUUGAAGUAUUUGUUGAGUUGAUACGACCAUCAAAUGGUGAUGUGAGCAACACCUGCAGUUUUAAAUAUAUACCAGAUGAAGAUACAGACAUCUAUGAAGACGUUGGAUCAUAUAUGAGCAACCAAAAUUUUAAUAACCGUGAUCAAAUGAAAGCUAAUUCAAGUGGCAGUUCAAGCACAUCAUCAACAGGUUCAUCAUCUAGCUCAAGACUUAUUAUUGCUCCACGUCGAAGAUUAUCAUCAGCCACAUGGUCAGCACCUUCACCUAGCUCUGAUACAUCAGGACCUGCUCAAUAUGAUGGAUAUAAUCAACCUGUAUCAUCCUUCCAAAAUGUCAAUCAAAAUUAUAAUUAUUAUCAAUUAUAAAUAUCCCAGAUUAAUUUAAAUUAUGUUAAAAUUUGAUAG